GAGGAAGUAGCAGUUUGGGUACAAGUCAGUCAGACUGUAUGGAGUAAACAGAGAGAGAAUCAACGAGGUGUGACAGGGUGGGUAUAUUGCGUGACCCCGAGGAUGGUCCGGAUUUUGGCCAACGGAGAUAUUGUACAGGAUGAUGACCCCCGGGUGAGAGCAAAUGCUCAGCAUAGGGAGAACACCUCCCGGCAGGAGUUUUUCAAUGAGGUGCCUAAUGCAGGCCGUGCUCCACCGCAGCAGCAGGCUGCCAGGCCGGGAGGGCGCUCUCCGUUUUCGGAACUGAACCAGCAGCUAGUGAACAUGGGAUUCCCCCUCUGGAGCCUCGGUAACCAGGUGGUGGAGCCGGUGAUGUCCAUCCUGCUGCUUUUCCUCCUCAUGAUGGUGGGCGUGCGUGGCCUUCUGUUGGUGGGCCUUAUCUACGUGGUCUCACACCUGAGCCAGCGGUGACCGUGCCCUCACAGUGGCCACCACUGCUUCCUGCUUGGUGAAAGAAAGUGUGUGUGUGUGUGUGUGUGUGUGUGUGUGUGUGUGUGUGUGUGUAGCGUUCAAGGGGAAUUGAAGUGUGGAGUUGGCAUGCCCAAGGGCACAAUCCCCAGGUGUAGCAUUUUUUCUCACAUUAAGCUGCUCCUUUCUGAGGGUUGCCCAAGUGAGGCUUGGCUUGCCCAGGAGCUUCAGCCACCAGCUAGAGAGGUCAUGCCAGAAGCCCAAACUUUGGUGCAGCUAUAGAAAGGGUCUGGCAUGUCAUGUUGUGUCAUCCAGCACUUUAUCAGAUACAGUGCCUAGACCUGAGGGGAACUGAAAUGGGAGCUUAAUUUACAUCUGCAGGUGUGUAGGGCAGUAGAGGUCUCCGAGGAGUAAUAAAACAAACAUGCAUGAAUGUGAGACAAUUUGAAAAUGGCCUGGAGAAGGUGGGGUUUGCUUUGUAAUUCCAAUCAGAUUUUAGAGGUGUAUUGGAAGGGAAGUUUAAAUUAAAAGAAGAAGAGAUAUUGACGGGUUUGAACUGACAGCACAGUAUAUGCUACAUCUUAAACAUAUAGGAUUGGAGGGCUAUUAUAAGGGGCUGAAGGGGAUAUUAAAAUAGAAAGUGGGGAGACCAGAAAGGAGUUUGAAGAAGAUUAAAACAGGGAAGAAGAAAAGUGUCUGUAAAACAGGUGAUGUCAUCUGUGCUUUUGUCUUGCCUGAGUUGUCCGGGAUAUUUGUGUUUGAACAAGAACUUGCUCUGGGACGUUGUCACUGUGGGUGAUACCUUAUACCUGCUGCAAUGGGAAUGAUUCCAACAUUGAGUAACUGGGGAAGUUGGGCUUGGAAAUGUGUGGAUGGAGGAACCAAUUUUUAAACAAUACAGUCCUUGAUAAUUUGCAGAAGUGGAAAUGAAACAUAUCUGCUAAAAACACAUAAGAGCGGGGUUGUAUUAGGUCUGGUGUGUUUUAAAACUUUCUUCAAUCCCUCUUUAAGGCCAAGAAACAUAAGAACUUUCACCUUGAUGAGCUGAGAAUCAGUGAGCAAUAUCUCUCCUCUGUCUUAUAAAUAGGAUUGGGUCUCAGCAAAAACAGCAGAUCCAGACUUCGGGGGAAGUUCACAUCCCGAUCUGGAUCCAUACUUCAGGCCUGUCACUAUAGUGGGCCAAACCAGACCACAGAAUUUAAAUUACCCUGCCCCUCCCCCACAAAUUUGUGGAAGUUUGGAUUCAGGUCCAAAUACAGAUCUGAAUUGUGACUUGGGACCAUAUUGGCUUAUAUCAGCUUUAGUGUGUGUGUGCAUAUGCGUGUGCGUGUGUUGGGGUGGAGAAGCCUUACUGAACACUUGUGUAGCAUGCAUGGACAAAGUGGUUCUUGUUUUUGUUCAAUAAACUGAGUGAAGGAAAUUGUGCAUCACAAAUUGACUGUAAAUUUUUGCCUUCCCCAGUGGAGUAUAAAAAUGCCAAGAGCAACACCUCAAAUUCUCCUCUGGUUCCUGUGAUAACGAGAACCUUCUGCUAAAACAACAAGGAGAAAAAAACCUGUAACAUGACGUUUUAUUAUAAAAUUGAAAUUGUUCUGUGAUACUAGUACAUAAAUCUCUUUCCAAACUG